AUGAAAUUGGUGAACGGGGGUGGGAGACCUCACUUGGAGGAAAAAUGGGUGAAGCCGCAGAAUGGUGUACUAAAAUGCAAUAUAGAUGUUGUUCUGUUCACGGGGCAAAGAAAAGUAGGUUGUGGGGCGGUUGUUCGAGAUUCUGAAGGGAUGGUGGUAGCGGCGAUGUGCGGACAGGUGGGAAGGGUAGCUGACCCUUCUAUGGCCGAGCUUCUUAGCUUGAGAGAGUUGCUGAGUUGGGUCAAAAGAGAGGGAUGGAAGGAGAUGGAGUUUGAGAUAGAUGCCCAAAUGGUAUUUCUUGCGGUGACAGGGGUACAGAAGGAUGAAUCCAUCUUUGGGGUAGUGGUAGGAGAUUGUCGUCAGCUUUUGAAAGAUGUAUCUAGUUCCUCUAUGAGGUUUGUAAGGUGA